AUGGCAUCGUCUCAGGUGAGCGCGCCUAUCAAGGGCGGAGUCGUGGGCGAUGGCAACCAUAAAAGCCCUUGUGGCGGCGGCCUCACUGUUCGUUUCCAGCUGGACAAGCCGCUCGAGGAGGCGGCGGCUGCGACAAGCACUGGAUCGGAUGGGAGCACGUCGACUGGUUCUUUGACUUCGUCUGGACAAUCGCUGUUGCAGAAUGAUCGCAGCCAUACCACGACUCCAUCUCAAGGACAUGUCAAUAUGCAAUCCCCAACUACUCCUCAUCGAGCUCGUCGCAUGACAGCGGAUGGAAACGGCACCGCAUCAGUCACUUCGCCACCUUCCGGUCUCGUUCAGACUCCGCGGAAGUAUGGAGAGUCUCCUCAAAAGAUGAAUGGCAACAAGCCCGGCCAGUUUCGAGGAUUUGAUACGCCACGCCGCAACUCCCACGCCAGCCACACAUCUGACAACUGGCGCUCGCCUCGUCGCCCGUCCUUCAACUCCAGCCGCCGCUCUUCUGUCAUGAUCAACCACGCCGAUGCAUUUCAUGGUCCCUCUUUGAACGGUAUCCCCGAGUAUCUGGCUGUGCAGGAGAUGGCUUUCCGCCAAGGUCAGCACAACCAGAACGGCUCUCGCAAUAGGAUUCCACCAAGCCCCUUUGCCCAGCACCUUGACAGUGUUUGGGAAGAGUACUACAAGCUUGGUGCGGCUUCUGGAACAGCUCCUGCAGCGUUGCCUACUACUGCAUCGUCUCAGUCGCACGAGAACUUUGCAUGGGCCGUCCUCAUCAACCCAGCUACACAGGAUCUGGAGCACCCAAACGGCUCUUUCGACAUGGAGUGGGCUUACAAAAUCUGUGUCAUGUCACUGAACUGCAUGAAGGAACUCAUCCGUGUUGUCUGCCGCCGUAUCAACGACUGGCGCAAGAUUGUGUGCGACAUUCCGGCUCCGGUCAAGCAAGCGAUCCUGGCGUUCCCCGACCUCUGCGCGUACUACGAGACCCUUCAGCGCGACGCUCAUGAAGCAAUGAAUGGCCAAAUCCCGCUGGGCUACGAGGGCAGGUCUUGA